AUGGAGGACACUAUUAUUGCAUCAGCUCUGGGGGUGCACGGGCCUGGGAUCAUCGGCUUGGGCAGCUGUGCAGGGAACACGACUGGCAAGCUGCAGGCAGGCCUUGUUUGCGGCAUCUUAUCAGCCAUGUGCGCUGCAACCCUGCACGACACUACGCAGUGGGUGCAUGUGGGCUGUGCCACAGUGCUGGAUCAUGGCCCUACAUGGGGCACAAGGGAUGAUGAUGAGCUGUCUGCGCCUAGCGCCAGUGCCUGCGAGCUAAUUACUAAGUGCAGCGCUGAUAGAUGGGCACUUGCCCGAUCGGGCAUCUGCCUUCACCGCCCUUGUGGCUGGCCUCCGCCGCGUCUCCAGACAUCUCCGUCCUGCUCCGGUCCGCCGAGCUGCUCCUCUUCGCUCACUGCUGUCUCUGGAUCUUCAUUGCAAUUCUGCAAUUCUGGGGUCAUCCUUUUCCUGUGCCCCUGCAUUGUGUGCAUCCCUUGUAACACCCUCCAAGACGUCCUGUCCGCGUUUGCCAAGCACCGCCCUUGGUGCCUCCCAGGUAAACAACAGCCAGAAGUCCAGUCGCACGACAGCAUUCAUACGGUCACAAUGCUAGGCCGUUUGUUGAGCACCUUCAGCCCAGCAACAUACUCGUCGCGAAACCCGGCUGUCCUAGAAUCCGUUACUGAGGAGGAACACACCUCUAGUCUUUUGUUUCCGGAUGCCAGCCUUCUUCGACGCUCCAACACCCAUGCAUACCCGCUUCAAAGCAGCUUCAACUCUCCGAAUGCCGCAAGCGCCGGUGGCUACGACGAUCGCGGUGGACUCGAGUUGGAUGUGAUCAAGGAUUUCAGGUUCAUCAUCGCCCAGAACGCCCUUGGAGACAGAGACGAGCCAUGCAUCCUGCUAGAUUCUCGCGGCUCCCCAGAUCCGACCCCCCAGGGUCUGGGUCUGGAUCCGCAGUUGUUUGACUCCGGCUCUGGCCGACACUCCCGGACGUCUAGCCUUUCAAAGGCUUCACGACGAGCAUCGAUCCAAACAACGCAGUCGUCUCUGACAGAGGGCAGUUCCAUUUCCCAGAGCGCCUUCGCCCGGAGGACCCCUCCGGGGUCUUCCGGGGCGUUCUCUCGCGCUAGAGGUCGCAGCUCGACGUAUUCGCCCGAGGGGGCUCACGAACCAUUUCAUAACCGUCCCUCCGCAGAUUCGACCGAAUCGGGUCUCUUGAAUUGCAUAUUUGGAAGCAGUGCCUUUAGCUACCGGGGAUCCUCGACGAAGAUGCACAUUUUGUCUACAGAUAGCGAGCCAGGACAAGCUCCAGGGUCCUCGCCUGCCCCUCGAGAAGUGGAUACAUCGGCUGCUCGAGGCACCUCGACGCGUGGUCCCCUGGCAAGGGCCUAUUCUUCCGGCUCUCAACCGGCACCCUCAAGUUAUUUCUCCGAUCGAGCCCACGAAGUCAAGUCUGCCCCCAAAGUGACGGUCCUCAUCACCAGAAUGUUCAGUGUCAACCUGCCCGAGGGCCGAGAUACAUCUGUGGAAUCUCAAGAUGCGCCAAACCCCGCGCCAUCGGAGUCCAGUCAGGAGAGGGGCUAUCCAUUCCCGGAUGUCUUCAAACGCCCAAAGAUCAAAGAAAAGAAAACCCCCAUGUAUGCAGUCGCUAUCACGAUUCAGAUACCAUUAGGGGCACGAUAUCAUGCACGGCCCUUGUCACGACCCGGUGCCAACGCUCCGGGCUCCAUGUCAUUCUCGCUCGAUUCCGAUCACCGCUGGAGCAGUGCGUUGUUGGACGAUAGCCUUUCUCUUUCUGCUAACAUCGACGAAAGGAUCGACAUUUUGGUGGACCACUGGGAUGUGAUUACGCGCACGCUAUCCCAUCUUGAGAAACUCGCGCGUCGAGAGAUUCUUGCCCUGCUCAAGAAGAUUGAUGCUCUCUCGGGCCCUCAACCGAAACCUGCCAAAGUACCUAAUAUGCAAAGAACCAAUCAGACGAUCGUUCAGCUUCGUCCCAAUGACCUUGCAGGCCAUACCAAACUCAAAGAAGAGAUGCUCCUGAGUGCUCAGAGAAUAUCUGCCGCGCUCCGGAUACCCCGAGUCGUGAUCGGGCAAAGCCGAUGGGGGGUGUGGCGCGAGGAAGCUCGCUGGAUUGCCCGUCUUCUUGCCGACAAAGAGCAUGGGCUCUUUUUCCUUGUUCUCAUUACGGCAUUUCUGGGUAAUCACACGGAAUGGCUCAGCUUCCUCGGGCCGGAAUGGUACCGGAAGCGUCAUUAUCAGCUGCAGAAGGCACAACAGGAUGCGGAACCAACGAUCUCGAAUAGGACCGUGAUUAUCUCAGAUAACAAGAUGGUUGCGCGGCGAUUGAUAUUUCUUCUAUCAGCUUUUCUCCCAUCCAAGCAGCGAUUUGAGGUCCUAGGUUCCCCUCUCCGUCCGGGUACAUCCACGUCCACGCGGCCGCUCUCGCAGAGUCCACCGAAUGUGCCAAUACUGAGACAAGAAUCCCUUCGAAGGACCAUCAACCGGCGGGCCCGCGUUCAGAGACUCAACGCGGAGGAUACCGAGAACCACCAGAGGUCGACCAGCGUCUCUUCCGGCGAAACCGCCCAUAGAUCGUCCGAGGAUGGAGAGCCGGGCAAUCCUGCGGAAUAUCCGAAGAACAGAAGAGAUUCUGAUGUUCGAUCCAUCCGAACCGCCAGCCUACCAAUCCACGCGAAUGAUGUGCGAACGAGAAAUUGCAGCGCCGCAACUACUUCUACAACCACCCCCAGCUCAGCUGUACCAGUUCCGCAUUUUGCUUCCCGUCAACGGCGCACCAAUGGCGAUGACAGCUAUGCGUCUGCAAAGCUUCUACAGAACCUGCGCAGAAGCGAAAGCUCGAGUACCGGCUCCGAUGGUAACUUAGCCCCAGCUGGUAGCAAGUGGGGUAACAUCCUGUCUGGGUUUUGGCCUUCACGUCAGGAAUCACCUGCCAACAAUGGCAAUGCCGGUUCCGUGCGUCGUGAUUCUACGAGCAAGACAGCAGCCCCCCGGCAAUCAGAGGAUAAACCACAAGACACCAUCACCAGCAAGGGGGUAGAAGCCGAAUCGUCACUGGAGAGUGGAUCCAAGGAACCCCCAUCGAGUGAAACCAUCGCUAUCCCUAGCUCGCCCACUGCUUCACGAAAUAGCUUGGACCAGGGUCAGCCGGAGUCGCUUUCACAGGCGGAUAGCAUAAAGGAUUCUCCGCUAAAGCUUUCCGUACGUUCAAAGGAUGGUGUGGUCGAUGUUGAUCUUCCUCUUCCCGGUUUUGUGUCCUUGUCGUCUUCGGGAGAUUCAACUUUUACAUCACCAAAGAAACCAAGAACGUCCAUAACGAGUGUUGAUGCUGUGGGAUCGACUCACAGUAGUCUCUCGAAUGUCAACUUUCCGCUCAGAGAUUACGAAGGUCCCAACUUGAACGUUGCUGGCUGGCUGAAAAGCUUCCAUGAGGAUUUCUUGCUCCAGGCUGUGCGACCAUACCAUGGCGUCGAGGCUGACAUCAAGCGAGCCAUGAUCGCUGAGUCCAUACCCCAAGUAUCACUUACCGCUGUCGAUGCUGAGACCGCUAGUGCAAACGACAGGUGGGUAGACGUUGCGACGACGCUGAUCGCGGAUACGCGCACGUGUACGGUCAAGCGCCUGCGCCUUCGACGAAAGAUUUCGGCGACCGGGGCCAAAGUUGGUACUCCUGCAACCCCUCGCCAAUCGUCCGAAUCAGGUCAGUUCAGCGGCUUCUUCUCAACUGCCACCCGGUCUCGCAAAAACUCGACAACUGCUCUGGCUGAUUGGCUAGAGCUAAAUGAUUCUGAAGUGAAAUUCGUCGAGGAACCCGUCAUGGACGUGGAUGGGACGCUCGUCGAUGCUGUAGAGCGAGUUUUGGUGCAGAGCGGGCAGUCUUCUCUUGCGCAGUCACGAGCGCCUUCUCCUCACCGGGGAAACAGGGGCGAAGAUAAAUCGACAUCCGAAACAGCAGCUCGCAAUGACGUGCCACCUGUUGUCGAGGUACCUCGCGGCGAAUGCCGGAAGAUGGUCCUCGGAGCAUUGGAAGAAGUGGUCCGGAGUGUGGCUGCUGAGCACUGCCGCGAAGACGUCGACGCUGAUUUCGGGCUUGGAGCUCCAUUAUCCGAGACAGAUAGCAAGAGACGCACCGUCCACGCUGAUAAUACCCUUAGAGAAGGCGUUCGGAAGUGGCUUCUUGAAGUUGAGGAGGCUUGCUGA